GUUUUCUAUCGCGGCCCAAAAGUGGAUUUGCUGUUCGCUGCGUGCUUGAUUCUCUUUUCUUCUUUGUGUUUCUCUUUCCUCCCGGAAGGUUGCUCUCCAGCCGGUGUGAGUGUGUGUGUGUGUCUCUAGAGGAUUCUCCAUAUCUGUCUCUCACGCUCCGGUGGCCGUUUUUCGUCUGUCUUCUGCCCGUUUCCCUGAAAAGACGGACAGAGUGUUGCAGUCUCGUUCUCUGCUGUGUUUCUUCAGGCGAAGUCGCUUGUAUCUCGGAUUUCGCGGAAGUUCUCUCCGGAUGCACUCCUGCUUUUCUGCGUUUCUCUAGCAGAGCAAACAGACGACGACCCGCACAGCGCGACACGGCAGAGCUGCGGCGGAACAAGUCUUGCUCCUGAGUCGCUCUGAAGGCGAAAAAAGUGACGUGCAUGCAUCUUCGUCAGACACAAGCAACGUCCGAUUUUCCACCCUCUCAAAGCGACUCUCUGCGCGCCGGAACCUCUCGCCGCCUGCUGGUUUGCCCUUCGCAUCUCGACCUUCUGUCUCGGCGCGUAAAGAGCCUUUUCUGCUCUCGUCCUUCUUCGCCUUCUUCGUUCUUCUGGCCUCUUCCUCUUGUAAAUUCUGUCACCUGUUCCCCCAAAGUGUCUGCCUGCGCUCUCCAGAAAUGGCGGCCUCGGUUCCCCGGCUCCCCCCCCUCUUCCUCUCCACUGCGCUCUUGUUGUGUCUCGCGGCGGACUUCUUUGCUCCCUCGACAGUCUCGCCUCUCGCUGAGUCGCGCCGCUCUGGCGACUCGCUGUGCCUCUUCGCUGCGGCAGCCGAGACGCCGACGCGCGCGGACGCCGGAAAACCAGUCGAGCAGCGGCAAGCGGAGAACUCUGCGAAGACGACCGUCCCCGAGACCGAGAAAGGCGAGAGCAAGGAGGCGCGACUUCUCAAGUAUGCCGAGCAGAGAGCGGAGAACGCCGAGGCGGAGUUGAAGAAGUUCAGAGAGGUUCACGAAACGUCUGUGCGUGCAUGCACCGAGGCGACGCAGCGCAAGCAAAAGGAAGUGGACGCAUGCCAGCAGCAGGCAGAAAACCUGCGGACGAUGUACAACGCAUCGCAAAGCGCGAAAUCCGAUGUCGAGAAGAAACUGAGGGAACUGGAGCACAAGCAGGCCGCCGCCUCUGAGGCAACGAGCGAAAAACUCGAACGCGAAGUCGCUGCGCUGAAGAACGGCCUCAGUCAGAAGGCGCAGGAGCUCGGCGAGAAAGUGAAGCUCCUUGGAGAGAAGGAGAAGGAAGCAGCAGAUCUGGCGGCUCGAGUUCGCGCACUGGAGAGAGACCUGAAGCAUGCGUCGGAGAAGGUCGGCGAGGAGAGGAAGAGCUCGGAUCACAUUUUCACAAUUGAAGAGAUGCGCGGAACGCUCUUGUCGAUCGGGCGACUGUACAUGGCGAUUGGAGAGCAUGUGGUUGCAUGCAUUCCGCGCGAGGUGUCUGAGAAGCUGGGAACAGUCAAACUGGAAGUCGAGACUCUCGCUGCGCCGUACCUCGAGGUCCUCAACGCGAAACUGCUUGCACCCGUCGCACCGACUCUGGAGAAGGCGAAGCUGUUUCUGGAGACAACAGUGUAUCCUGUAGCCGCUUCUGCGGCAGGCAAGGGUGUUCAGAUGGUCACCUCGCUUUCCGACGACCUUCUGCCGAGUGUCAACGGCCGCGUGGACGCUGCGCUGGCCCCGCUGUUCGCUUCGCACCCUGACGUCGAGGCUCUCAUCCCGCCAGGACUUGGAGACCGCCUCGCGCUUCUUCUCUUCCUCGUCAUCGUCACCUACGUCCUCGCGCUCCUUGCCUUCCGAACUGUCCUCUGCCGCUUCUUCGCGUGCGUCUGCCCGUGCUGCAAGCGCCGCCACGGCAAAAGAAGGCACAAGAAGUUCACACCAGCAGGCGCGGCUGCGGCCAGCGCGCAGUCCAGCUUCAAAGACAAAAGGGGACCUCAGGAGACACCCGCCCGUCCAUUCGCCUUCGCCGGAGACUACAAGAAACACAAGGCGUAGAAGGGCAGAGAGAUUCCGGACUGGGGCAAACAACGGAGAAGGUUCCUUCUGCGCGAGAACUCUGCGCUUCGUCUUCGGACGCGUCGCAGAGAAACAACGAACGGUGACGCAGUGCGACUCGGGACGAAGGCGAGAAAGCAUGCCCCUCCCUGUCCGGCCUUCGGAGUCAGGCACAUCUCAUGCACAUGCGUCGAUGUGUGGAGUCGACACACAAACACAGAGACGCUUAUAUACUUAAAUACACGAGUUUAUAGAGUCCUAUAUAAAGUGCGUGCUUGUAUAUAAACUAGGUAUCCACAUGUGUAUGGGUGACAUCGAUAUGUCGGUGGUGGACAAAGAGAAUGAGAGAGAAUGAGAGAGAGAGAGAAUGAGGGAGAGAGAGAGAGAGGCGCACAAGAGAAAGACUCUCGCACCUGCAGGGGACGCGAUCAGCAGAGCUUUCGAAGGGCGCGGCAGCGUCUUUUCCGAGGUUUUUGAGUCGUCCAACGUCAAACGAUUUCCGUGGCUGGCCUCGGAGCGGAGACACUCGAGUGUCAGUGCCGUCUGAGCUUUUUUUCGGUGUGGGCGUAAACACUGUUUCGGCAAGUCAGAGGCUGCCGAGCGCCUCAUCUGAACGUCGGAGCUUUUUCCUUUGCAAAAGCGACAGACGCCGUCACGCAUGUUGCAGAGAAGAGUGACUCGGGAUGCACCGCGCCCGGACGCGCCUCGGUACCAGACUCAGCCGCCAAGAAACCUCCCAGACCCCUGCUGUAUGAACGCACGCAACCGAGAUGCACUGCCAAAAGUCUGGGCACUGCACGAACAAACACACUGAUAUAUAAUACAUAUAAAUAUAUGUAAAUAUAUAUAAAUAUAUUUGUAAUAUAAAUAUAUAUAUAUAUAAUAUGUCUAUAUAUAUAUAUAUAUAUAUAUGUAUUUGAAUGGACACGUAGUACAUGCAUCGAGAGAUAAGCGUAUGCCUGUGUAUGUACAUGUGUGUGAAUUUAGAGCUGCCGAAGAACGACGUGCAGGCAGGAGAGGGCGUGGGCGCCUUUUUCUCGCCUGGCUUCUUGGGACUAUUUCCAGGUCUUCGCUCCUCUGGUUUUUUCGCUGGCUCGUUGUCGAGGUGAUUCAUUUUUAUUAAAUGCGUUUGGCUCCCUCGCCCUGCUCCUGACGCGCACCCAAAAGAGAGUCUCGGCAAGCUGGACAGACACUGGCCAGAAGACACCCUUCUUCAGUCGUGCGUUCGGAGCGCUCUCUGUGUUGGAAAACAGAGGAUGUUGAUGAGGAGACAAAAACACGAUCACAGGGAGGGAGGAAGGCACAUGCCUCUAAGUUAAACACAUAGAUAGAUAACUUACAAAUAGAGAGAGAAACAGACGCGUAGAGAACGAGAGGUGCGCCCGUCCAGCGAACUGUCUAAAACGCAUCCAGACAGGUGGAUGUGCAAAGUGAAGUAUCUGAGUCUCUGUACGAUACACUAUAUAUAUAUAUAUAUAUAUAUGACUGCAUAUAUGUGAAAAAGUAUAAGUGCGUAUAAUUAUAUUUAGAUAUAUACCAACAGAAUGACAACCGCGUUUUUCGAGGCUUUGGACGCAACGAAAGAGAAGGUGGAGUUCCUACACUCCAUGGUUCCCCAUUGAAAACGUCUUGGCGCGGAUGUCAAGAAGAUGCAAGGGUGUCGUGACUGCAGCAAGCAUCUCUCUUG